AUGAGCGCAGCGUUCCCGCCGUCGCUGAUGAUGAUGCAGCGCCCGCUGGGGAGUAGUACCGCCUUCAGCAUAGACUCGCUGAUCGGCAGCCCGCCGCAGCCCAGCCCUGGCCACUUCGUCUACACCGGCUACCCCAUGUUUAUGCCCUACCGGCCGGUGGUGCUGCCGCCACCACCGCCGCCGCCACCCGCGCUGCCCCAGGCCGCGCUGCAGCCCGCGCUGCCGCCCGCGCACCCUCACCACCAGAUCCCCAGCCUGCCCACCGGCUUCUGCUCCAGCCUGGCGCAGGGCAUGGCGCUCACCUCCACGCUCAUGGCUACGCUGCCCGGAGGCUUCUCCGCGUCUCCCCAGCACCAGGAGGCGGCGGCCGCCCGCAAGUUCGCGCCGCAGCCGCUGCCGGGUGGCGGCAACUUCGACAAGGCGGAGGCGCUGCAAGCCGACACUGAGGACGGCAAAGGCUUCCUGGCCAAGGAGGGCUCGUUGCUUGCCUUCUCCGCGGCCGAGGCUGUGCAGGCGUCGCUCGUCGGGGCUGUCAGAGGGCAAGGGAAAGACGAGUCAAAGGUGGAAGACGACCCGAAGGGCAAGGAGGAGAGUUUCUCGCUGGAGAGUGAUCUGGACUACAGCUCGGAUGACAAUCUGACUGGCCAGGCGGCUCACAAGGAGGAAGACCCCGGCCAUGCGCUGGAGGAGACCCCGCCGAGCGGCGGCGCCGCGGGCAGCACCACGUCCACCGGCAAGAACCGGCGGCGGCGGACUGCCUUCACCAGUGAGCAGCUGCUCGAGCUGGAGAAGGAGUUCCACUGCAAAAAGUACCUCUCGCUGACCGAGCGCUCUCAGAUCGCCCACGCCCUCAAACUCAGCGAGGUGCAAGUGAAAAUCUGGUUCCAGAACCGCCGGGCCAAGUGGAAACGCGUGAAGGCUGGCAAUGCCAAUUCCAAGACAGGGGAGCCCUCCAGGAACCCCAAGAUCGUCGUCCCCAUCCCCGUCCACGUCAGCAGGUUCGCUAUCAGAAGUCAGCAUCAGCAGCUGGAGCAGGCCCGACCCUGA